CUUAGUUGCUGCCGCUGCCUCAAGCGAAGCGCUGCCUCCGCCGAGGGGAGGGCGCCCGCGGCCCAGCGUCACGGCGGCGGCUCCUCCUCGGACCCCAGUGCUCGCCGCGGCGGCAAGCAGCCGGCUCCGGGCCGCGAGAGCCCCGCUCGGCGCCCCACGAGCGUCCCUGCCGCUCCCGCCUCGGGCCGGCCGCGGCGCCGGGAGCCGGAGCGAUGCUGCGCCGCCCUGCGCCCGCGCUGGCCCCUGCCGCCUGGCUGCUGCUGGCCGGGCUGCUCUGCAGCGGCGGGGUCUGGGCCUCGCGAGUCAACAAGCACAAGCCGUGGCUGGAGCCCACAUAUCAUGGCUUAGUUACGGAGAGCGACAGCACUGUGCUCCUCGACCCCCCACUCAUUGCCCUGGACAAAGAUGCUCCUUUGCGCUUUGCAGAGAGUUUUGAGGUGACAGUCACCAAAGAAGGUGAGAUUUGUGGAUUUAAGAUUCAUGGACAGAAUGUGCCCUUUGACGCAGUGGUGGUGGAUAAAUCCACUGGCGAGGGGGUCAUUCGUUCCACAGAGAAGCUGGACUGUGAGCUGCAGAAGGACUACACGUUCACCAUCCAGGCCUAUGACUGCGGGAAGGGGCCAGACGGGGCCAAUGUGAAAAAAUCUCACAAAGCAACUGUCCACAUUCAGGUGAACGACGUCAACGAAUAUGCGCCCGUGUUCAAGGAGAAGUCCUACAAAGCCACAGUGGUGGAGGGGAAGCAGUACGACAGCAUCUUGAGGGUGGAGGCGGUGGACGCAGACUGCUCCCCCCAGUUCAGCCAAAUCUGCAACUAUGAGAUCGUCACCCCGGAUGUGCCAUUCACCGUUGACAAAGAUGGUUACAUUAAAAACACGGAGAAGCUGAACUAUGGUAAAGAGCACCAGUACAAGCUGACUGUCACAGCCUACGACUGCGGGAAGAAAAGAGCGGCAGAAGACGUUUUGGUGAAGAUCAGCAUCAAGCCCACCUGCACCCCUGGGUGGCAAGGAUGGAACAACAGGGUGGAAUACGAGCCGGGCACUGGUGCUCUGACACUCUUUCCGAAUGUCCACCUGGAAACGUGUGACGAGUCGGUGGCCUCGGCACAGGUGGUGGUGGAGCUGGAGACCAGCCACAUCGGGAAGGGUUGUGACCGUGACACCUACUCCGAGAAGUCACUUCACCGGCUCUGCGGUGCUGCGUCUGGCACGGCUGAGCUGCUACCUUCCCCAGGAGGCUCCUGGAACUGGACUAUUGGCCUUCCCACGGACAACGGCCAUGACAGCGACCAGGUCUUCGAGUUCAACGGCACUCAGGCAGUGAGGGUCCCAGACAGCAUCGUCUCUGUCAACCCCAAGGAGCCCUUUACGAUCUCUGUGUGGAUGAGGCAUGGGCCAUUUGGCAAGAAGAAGGAGACGAUUGUUUGCAGCUCAGACAAAACAGAGAUGAACCGACACCAUUACUCACUCUAUGUCCAUGGCUGCCGGCUGGUUUUCCUCCUCCGUCAGGAUCCUUCAGAAGAGAAGAAAUACAAACCUGCAGAGUUCCACUGGAAGCUGAGUCAGGUCUGUGACGAGGAAUGGCAUCACUACGUCCUCAACGUGGAAAUCCCCAGUGUGACUCUCUACGUCGACGGUGUCCCUCAUGAGCCCUUCUCUGUCACUGAAGAUUACCCACUUCAUCCAUCCAAGAUCGAAACCCAGCUCGUGGUUGGGGCUUGCUGGCAAGAGUAUUCAGGAGUUGAAAGUGACAAUGAAACUGAGCCUGUGCCUCUGGCCUCUGCAGGUCCCUGGACUCUUGCCUACGGUGGUGACCUGCGUAUGACCCAGUUUUUCCGAGGUAAUCUGGCUGGCCUGACCAUCCGUUCUGGGAAGCUCACAGAUAAGAAGGUGAUUGACUGUCUGUAUACCUGCAAAGAGGGGCUAGACCUGCACACCCCCGAAGACAAUGGCAGAGGUGUCAAGAUCCAGGCCAACCCUACUCAGUCGAUGUUGACCUUGGAGGGAGAGGACGUGGGGGAGCUUGAUAAGGCCAUGCAGCACAUUUCCUACCUUAAUUCACGACAGUUCCCCACCCCAGGGAUCCGAAGACUCAAAAUCACCAGCACAGUCAAGUGUUUUAACAAGGCCACCUGCAUCUCCAUCCCCCCGGUGGAUGGCUACAUAAUGGUUUUGCAGCCAGAAGAGCCCAAGAUCAGUCUGAGCGGCAUCCACCAUUUUGCUCGAGCGGCUUCCGAAUUUGAAAGCUCGGAGGGGGUUUUCCUCUUCCCCGAGCUUCGGAUCAUCAGCACCAUCACGAGAGAAGUGGAACCCGAAGGGGAAGGGGAUGAGGACCCAACAGUUCAAGAGUCACUGGUGUCAGAGGAGAUCGUGCACGACCUGGACACCUGUGAGGUCACAGUGGAGGGAGAAGAACUGAAUGGAGAGCAGGAGAGCCUGGAGGUGGACGCGGCCCGCCUGCAGCAGAAGGGCAUCGAAAUGAGCAGCUCUGACAUGGGCGUGGUCUUCACAGGUGUUGACACCAUGGCCAGCUAUGAGGAGAUCUUACACCUACUGCGCUAUCGGAACUGGCACACCAGGUCCUUGCUUGACCGCAAGUUCAAGCUUGUCUGCUCUGAGCUGAAUGGUCGCUAUGUCAGCAACGAGUUCCAGGUGGAGGUGAAUGUCAUCCACACAGCCAACCCCAUGGAGCACGCCAGCCACAUAGCUGCCCAGCCACAGUUCGUCCACCCCGAGCACCGCUCCUUCAUUGACCUCUCGGGUCACAACCUGGCCAACCCCCACCCGUUUGCAGCCGUCCUGUCUCCUCUUGCCCCAGUCGUGCCCAGCACGGCCACCGUCGUCAUCGUGGUGUGCGUCAGCUUCCUGGUUUUCAUGAUCAUCCUGGGGGUGUUCCGGAUCCGGGCUGCACACCAGAGAACCAUGCGGGACCAGGACACCGGGAAAGAGAAUGAGAUGGACUGGGAUGACUCUGCCCUGACCAUCACCGUGAACCCCAUGGAGACAUACGAGGACCAGCAUAGCAGUGAGGAGGAAGAGGAGGAGGAGGAAGAGGAGAGCGAGGAUGGGGACGAGGAGGACGACAUCACCAGUGCUGAGUCGGAGAGCAGUGAGGAGGACGAGGGGGAGCACGGGGACCCGCAGACCGCGAACCGGCAGCAGCAGCUGGAGUGGGACGACUCCACCCUCAGCUACUGAGCGCACCUCCCCCCCCACCACCCCGUCUUCCUUCCUGCUUCCGGAGACUCUGCUGCCAUCGCUGCCCACCCCCAGGGUCCAUGAUGUACAAAGUCAUUCUGGCCAGUAGGUCUGCAGACCCUCCCCACCGCCAGUCGCUGCCCUGCUUGGUGUGUAGGCCCGUAGGCUCCCUCCCCUGCCACCCUCCUUCCUCCCGCUCGCCGGGAUCGCUCUUAAGUUAUGUGAGGAGCUGACGCUCGCUCAACUCCAGAAAAGCUGCAGUGACUGGACUCCUUGACAAAGGGUUAGAAUUGCUCACUCCCACCUGGUAAUCCUUUCUUCUUUUUUUUAAAGUUUUUAUUUUUCCACACUAGUGCAUGUAUAAAAUGGCAGAAUGGGGCUAAUAUGUAGAUGAUAAACUGACUUUUUAAUAUUUUGUAAAUAAACUGGGAUUCCUCGUGUCUUGUGUGCUAGUGUAACCCAGGGCUGGAUGCAAAGUGAAGUGGAGACACUGAGCGUGGGAGGGACCGAGACCCCCGCACCCCACCUCCCACCCCCACCCAGGACGAGGAGAGACAGGCACAAAACUGUGCUGCCUGGCAGGAGGGGACCGGGCCAGGGACCCCUCUUCGGAGGCUGGAAAAGGUCAGGUCUUUUCUUUGGGAUUCUACCGAUUUCUGAUUUGGCAGAGGGCUGAGGGGAGCUGGGGUCCCUGGCUGUGUGUACUCGCUUCUCCAAGGACCAGCAGCUCCUCACAGAGGUGCAGCUUUGGGGUCCGUACCAAAUAGAUGUCGUUUUCCUUGCUGGUGGGAGUGCAUGUUGACCGUGCAGAUGGUGCAGACCCUCUAACCGCUUGGUUUGGAGACAGCAGCAGGCCUAGGGGAAUCCAUACUCAGAACCUUGCUGAAAUGACGCCCAGGGGCCGGAGGGCAGCGCUCCAUUCCCAAGCAACUGCUGUGCCCCCCUCCUCCCAGAGCCCGCCCCAGGGAUACAACCCACGCCCAGUAGGUGGUGGAAGGAGAGAACAGCAGUCAGGAGCUAAAACCCUACAGCACUUGGUUUUUAAUGUACAUGUAAAAUUUUAGAUUUCUAAAACCUGGGGAAAAUAAUUUUGAACACUAUGCUGUGAUCAUAACCGCUAGUCUCGAGGACACUGCCAGCUGUCCCGUGUCAUGUGUGGCCACCCCUCCAUGUACUGUCUCCGUAGCUGCUCUGUUUAGACCGUGGGUAGAUGUUCAUGCGGAGACAGAACCGUUCUCGCGCUAUCUGUAGCGGCUGUGGUAUCACUUUUCAGAUGUGUAUAUUGACAAUAGGUCAGAAAAUGUAUACAUACAAUAAAGUCUGGUUCUAACUCCA